AUGGACUUUUCCGGCGUGGUUGAUCUCGCGCCAGCGGGUAGAUGGCAAGGAAAUGAUGGAAACUGGUCCACAUAUGCUCUACAGAUUGGCAAUCCACCACAGGAGUUCCGCCUACUGCCUUCAAUCUCAGGGUGGCAGACAUGGGUGCCGGAUCCAAGCCUCGGUUGCGAUAAUCUGUCUGAGAAGUUCAGGGCCAUAUACGGGCUCAACGGCGUCUCUUUGGGAUCCCUACAGCCACCGGAAUCGAUCAACAUCGCUGAUCAUGUUAUUGCUGCGUAUAGCACGACCGACUACUGGCUUGGUGCGCUAGGUGUCGGUAAUCUCACGACCAGAUUCGAUAAUGACUAUGUGUUGAACAGUUCCAUGCAGGAGCAGCGUAUCGAGAGUCAGCAAGUUGACACUCCCGACCUUAGUAGUCUGACACUUGGCGGUUCCGACUCUGCCCGUGUCGGCACGGAUUCGACAACAGUGCCUAUUGGACCCGGAUCCAACAUGCUUCGGCUACAAGUGUUCGACAUAUCAACGACGACUAAGUUCCAGAGUGGAGGAGGAUCGUUGUUGCAGGCCACAGGAACCCUCGAUGUUGCGCUCGAUUUUUCAAUGUCCCAGAUGUGGUUACCAGCAGAUGUCUGCGACAGCUUCGCACGGGCGUUCGAUUUGACCGAGGCGGGAGGGCUUUAUUUCUCCCUCAACUCCACAAGCCGCGAAGCACUACAAUCGGCCAUGAUAAGUUUUCAAGUUGGGUCGAGUCAAGAUCGAAGUUCAAGGAUAACUUUCAACAUACCAUACAGGGCAUUCGACUUGUAUGUGCUCGGAAGGGCGUUCUUGCAGGAGGCUUACCUCAUUGUGGAUUGGGAGCAAGGCAGCCUGAACAUCAGCCAGACGGUCCACAAUCCCACUGAGAAGAUAUUGGUUGGAAUCACGUCCACAGAUGGUCCAGCAUCGUCUUCGCGCGGAGGACUGUCAAGCGCGAGCAUUGCAGGUCUUGUGGUUGGCUUAAUCGCCAUUGUUGCCCUCAUUGCCGGAAUUUCAGCCUUCCUUUGGCAUCGCAAGAGGACAGCACGAGAGCGCAAACAUUCCAUUCUAGCGCCCACCAUCGACACAAUCGAGACUCUUGGUACCGGCACGCUCGUGGACACAGAGAUCAUGUCAGAGACUGCUAGCUGCCGCAAGAAUCGUUUGGACUCUGGGGCAAGUGAGCUUCCAGAAGAGUGUCGGGACCAUGAGCUAGGCUCGCGGUCAAUCCUCGAGAUGGAGGGCGACAAGAUCAUGCCAGAGACUGACAAGGAGAAGGAGGAGCAGCAGGGCACCCCGGUUGAACGUGAGCCAUCUGUACACGAGUUAGCGUGA